AUGGGGCCGGCUGCUGGAGCUGCCGAAGAGGGCGCCCCUGCGCUCUUGAACUACGCAACGACCUAUGAUCGCGGCGCCACUAUCCAGCACUGGCAGCUGCGAGACCUGGUGCACUGCCCGCAGCGUGACGAGGAGCUGUUCUGCGUGUGUCGCCACAGGACGUUGCGGCAUGACCUCAACAACAGCAGCACUAGCGUGGCGCAGGAGCUGAGCUUCGAGCCCACCAGCAUGACGGUGGGCCACGGCUACGUGGCGGCAGGCGGCCAGAACAGCCAGCUGGACGUGCGGCAGCUGGCGGGCGGCGAGAUUGUGUACAAGGUGCACCUGGUGUGCGUGGGGGACAACCGCCACACGUAUCUGUACCAGGCCACCCCCGUGUGCUACCGCCAGGUCUCGGUCUUUACAGAGGCGGGAGACGCGGGCAUGUGCUGCGCCUGGGACGCCGCGGGCUCGCUGUUUGCGGCCGCCUUCCAGGACGGCAGCGCCGCCGUGUGGGACCACCGCAGCACGCGCGUGGUGGCGCACUACCACACGCCCCUGGCCUGCCGCAACGUCGAGUUCAGCCCCGCGCCGCUGGACAUGAUGGCGUUUGCGGAGCACCGCAGCCGGUGCCACGUCGUGGACUGCCGCAUGUGGGACCGCCAGCAGGUUCUGGAUGUGGGCAGCCAGAACUGCGAGCCCGACAUCAGCGGCCUGGCCUUCUCCCCCUCUGGGCGACGCCUCUACGUGGGCACGGAGGGCGGCAUCGCGGCGUACAAUGUGGACACGACGAGCAGGCGCGGCUUCCCCGCCUUUGAGCUGUGCUGA